AUGGACCCCCCCGAGACACCUGAGAAGAGCAGAACCAUUCGCGGCAUUGGUAUCACUCGCGCUAUCGAGGCAGGAAAGAGGUUAAAGCGCUUUGUAGGAACAGCAGAGCCGGUCCCUUUCGUUACUCCGCCUGCGAUGCCGAAAGUCCUAAAGCAAGAGUUUGUUGUCGGGAUGAAAGAGUAUGGCUUGGACCACAGGGUGCAAAGUAUGGGGUUGGAUGUGCUCAGUCAGGCCGCAAGUAUGCAAGAACGCCUGCCGGAAAUAAGAGAAGAGCACGAGGGUCCGGUCAAGGCUACAUGGACUUCAACUCAGUCUGGCCAACAAGCUUCUGGCUCCUCACCACCUCGCAUGACGUCUCAAGGCCCUGCAGCCAACUCAAUGUCAUCAAAUGGAUCUCAGCCUGUGCGCGCGUCGUAUGAUACACCUUCGCUCGCCGCCUUCAAGAAGCAAAUGGAUGCAUUUGAAGAACAGCAUGUGCCAGCGUACUCUAAUGCAAAUCCCAACGUGGGUAGCGAUGACAUUGAGGCAAGCGGUUCAAGACAUGCGUACAACUACAACACUAGGUCAGAAAGUCUCUCCAGUCAUAAGGCAGCUAGUUCCUCGCGAGACAGCGCAUGUUUCCAGAACUUGUUCCGUCAACCACCUACAUCUAGCGUACCUUACAUUGUCGUCCAAUCUCCGUCGCCAACUAAACUUGCGCCGUCCAAGAAGCGCUUGAUACCUCAAGCAGCAGACGAGUUGUUCCGACCAGACGUCAGAGACAUCCACUCAGAUAAUAAGAAGGCUACCGGUCUGCCAACCUUGCCCGCAUCAUCCUCAGCUUUGUGGGAAGUCGAUUUCCCGGGAUAUACCCCCGCCCUACUCACCAUCCUCCUGACCUGGUCGCACGCAAUGCAGUCCUUCUACCGGCGCCUUCCGGACCCGAAGACCUUCCCCAUACAUGCCGCUUUUCCACGCCGCAUUACUCCACCAGCCUACAACCGCCUUAUCUCCGUCGGUUUCUACUACACUAGCUUCAUUCCACACAAGGACAUCCGGUUCCUGGGCCCAGGCGAUAUGGCUGAAAUUGGCUAUGCAGAGGUUGAUGUCUUCCGCAGCAAGGAGGAAGUUGUCACUUUCAACGCGCAGGAGCAGGAACACCCUUCAAAGGCGCAGGCUAUGAAACGGAGAUUGGGCAUCGGAUCCAAACAUGGAGAGCGAAAAAGAACAUUGGGAGUAUACCGGGAUCAGAUACAUCUUGCGGAUAGUGGAGAAGGACGAUGGGCGUAUGUUCUUAUCAAAGAACAUGCGAUUUCAGAAGAGGAAACUCCGCCCCACGUCAUGCUCGCGUGGCACCUUUCCGCUGUUACUGACACAUCGACUUGUCUCCACACCGUCUUUCCCGACAACCAUGAACCUAUUCUCAGCAAACCACCUGCGACGCCUGCACCACCUGAGCAGCCGAUAAGACGCUUGGCCUCUCUACAGAACCUCAUCAGCCCGAGCCGUGGCCAGAAGCAUCUCCAUCGUGAGAUUCGCUCUGUCUCGAGCAGUGCAGGUUCAACGGAAGUAGAGGAAUCGAGCAUCCUGCCACAGGAGGGUGCGCAGACGCUGAAGAGAACGGUUGUGAAAUUGGAAAAGGCGGGAAGUAUACCACUUAUUGAGGGAUAUCGAGUUGAUCUGAAAGAGUUCAGGGGUUGGUUGGAUGCGGUGAGCAAGGGAGAAGGGAAGGUCAUCGUUUGGACGGAGUCGCCGCCUCUGACCUCACUUGCGCAGGGUUGGUCGUCCAGGACGCGCUCUGCGUUGCGAUUCGGUUCUGAAGGAUGA